AUGAGCGGGUCUGGCGACCUCGCUGGCGACGCCGCGGGCGCCCCGACGCUCCCGUCGGCUGCUGCCCCCGCCGUCUCUGUUCCCACCACCACAAGCCCCCCAACCCCAACACCUCCCCAGCCCACCUCCACACCCACAAGCCGCCUCCCCUCCCUCUCAGGCGGCGGGCGGAAAGCUCCCUUUCGCGGCGGCGGCCGCGACGGCAAGGCGUUUGCAGCAGGCGCUCCAGGUCAGAGAUUCCAGUCCCUCGUCCUCGACUCCUUCCUGUCCACCGUCUCAUCCCCUCUACCAUCCCUCCUCCUGCCACCUCCCAGUGCUCAUGUCUGGAUCACUCCGCCCUUCCGUUCGCCUUGCUUCUCACCGCGUUGCGUUGAGAAUCUCCUCAACUUCUACCUCUGCUGCGCCCCGGAACGCCUCUCGGUGCUGCCUGCUGCUGAAAACGUCUUUGUUGUUAGGGUUGCGAGUCUGAAUGUUGCGCGCUUCGUUGUAGCCUGUGGAUCUUGGCAGAUGAAAAUCAAGCUUGUUUUUCACCUCUCCCUCGACGACGCCUGCUCGGCGGCGGCCGCGAUUCAAACUCCUGAACCGCUGCCCGCGUCUGUCGCGACUGAGGGAACUGCUCCGGGCAGUUAUGACUCCUCCCCUCCCUCUGACGAGGAAAAUCCACGCCUCGCUCGCGCUAGAUCUCCUGCUUCUGGCGUUGGGCUCGAGGCGCUGACCGCUCCUCCCGCCUUCUCUCUCCAUCCCGUCGCCACCAAACGGACGUACCUGGAGGCCCUCUUAACCCCUGCUCUGCAGCCCGCUCCCCGUUCUCCUCACACAACCCCGCCCAGGCUCUCCCUCUCCGGUUGCUUUCGGUGCCUAUCGCCGGAUCAUCCUGUCCGCGAGUGUCGCGAUCCCGUUCGCUGCCGGGAGUGCGGCUGCUCCGGCCACCGUGCGUGGAAGUGCACCAUGCAGCGUAGCCGGCCCCGCUCCGCGCUGUCCUUGCCACAGGCCCGCGCCUCGCCGCGCCGCCCCACCUCGUGGCCAACCACCUUUGCUGCUCCACGCUCCCCACCACCCGCCGCCCGCCCCACCACGCCCUUCCCUGCGUCCCUCAUCGCUCCCGCCGCCCGCCGCCGCGCUGGCCUUUCCCCUAUUCCCAUGCUCCCUCUGUCUCCGGAGCGUCGGGCGUCGUUCUUCGGAGGCGACCAGGGCGCCGGCCCCUCCUCGCGGGCUCCCAGGUCUCCGCCACCCCGUGACGUCCACCAGGUGGUUCCCGACGCCUCGCUCCCACACUCCUCGUCUUCUUCCGAGGGCAUCACCGAGGAGUCUGGAGCUUCCGGGCGCCCCGCGAUAACGGAGGUUUUCAUGCCGCCGGGCGACAUGCUGGCUGUGCGCCGCCUGGCCGUGGUCUACCUCGACCCUCCGGACGGCUUCUCCGCGCCCAUGGGCGCUGUGGGGCUGGCCUUCUGCCAACACCUGCCUAGGCUCCAGAUCGAGCUUGUCCCCUCUGGUAUUGGUGCCAUGUAUGCCCGGUUUCGCUCCCCGGCGGAGCGCGACAGUGCUGUCGAGCACGGCUCCAUCGUGCAUGACGGCGUGUCCAUCUCGCUGGCGCGCGAGGAAAACGCGGCCAGAGCAUCGCCGGAGCAGUACAUGUGCGCCUUCAUCUGGGCUUCUCCCUUCCCGCCCGAGCACGUCAGUUUUGAGGGCGUGCGGGCCGCGUUUGCCAACUUUGGCAAGCUCCUGGAGGUCGAUCUUCUCAAUCUCUCCGGGGCCGACCUGUCCGCUGAUGCUUUCGAGGACGGCCGGUACAGGCGGUUCUUCGCUCCGCCGCCGCCGCCCCCUUUUCGUCGGCUCCAGCCUCUGCUCCACGAGCGCCCCGUCGGGGUCAGGGACACCGCGGCCUCCCCCGGCCGUGACUCUGCCUCUGAUGACACCGGCAGCCGCUACAGCCCGCGCCGCCAUGGUGGGGCCUGGCAAAACCCCCGCCUCAGCAUCUGCCCCGCCCCCCGCGUGCUGCUGCUGACUGCGCCGCCGCCGUCUCCUACGUCCUCUCCGCCCGCCUCUCCGCGCUCCUCUAGCCUCUUCAGCUCCGCCGACGCCCCCUCGUCUCCCGCUCCCAUCGCUGCGGAUGUGGAUGCCGCCUCCGUCACUGCUGCUGAUCAGGCAGAUGAGGAGCAGUGGGAAGCGGUCGUCGACUCGGCAAGGAACCGCCGCAAACCCCUUGGCCGCCUGAAGCGUGAAAAGGCUCGACAGGAAGCCGCGGCGCGCGGCGUCUAG